UGGGUUGGGAUAGGUGAUUAUGACUGUGGUACGUUUAGAGUUUGAGCCACUCCCAGUGCCCGUGAGUCCACGUUCACUACUCAGCGCAGUUUCACUGAACGACGCGACUUCGUGCUCAAAAAAGGACAAAUACGUUUUAAAAAGCCGGGAAAGGACCGAAGAGUUACUUUGCAAACACCUCUGGAUGUUACCCUUCCCUUCAGAAGGGGGCUGCAAAGAAAAUUCCAUUCUGAAUACGAGGGGCGGAUUAUGUCCAAAAUGGAGGUGAAGACGUCACUUCUUGACAACAUGAUAGGGGUGGGCGACAUGGUCCUUCUUGAACCCCUGUCAGAGGAAACCUUCAUUGACAACCUACAAAAGCGUUUCAGCCACAAUGAGAUCUAUACCUACAUUGGAAGUGUGGUGAUCUCCAUGAACCCUUACAGGUCCCUUCCCAUCUACACAGCAGACAAGGUGGAAGAGUAUCGCAACAGAAACUUCUAUGAGCUCAGCCCACACAUCUAUGCUCUUUCCGAUGAAGCCUACAGAUCUCUUCGCGAUCAAGAUAAAGACCAGUGCAUCCUCAUUACAGGAGAGAGUGGGGCAGGAAAGACUGAGGCCAGCAAGCUGGUGAUGUCAUAUGUGGCUGCAGUGUGUGGGAAGGGCCAUGAAGUGAACAAAGUGAAGGAGCAGCUACUACAGUCUAAUCCUGUGCUAGAGGCUUUUGGGAAUGCCAAAACCGUGAGGAAUGACAACUCAUCUCGAUUUGGAAAGUACAUGGACAUCGAGUUUGACUUCAAAGGAGAUCCAUUGGGUGGUGUCAUCAGUAACUAUCUUCUGGAGAAGUCCCGUGUUGUGAAGCAGCCAAGAGGAGAAAGGAACUUCCACAUCUUUUAUCAGCUGUUAUCUGGAGCAUCAGAGGAUAUGCUCAAAAAACUGAAGUUGGGCCGAGAUUUUAGCAAAUAUAAUUAUCUAAGUCUUGAUUCAGCCACUGUCAAUGGACUUGAUGAUGCAGCAAACUUCAGGACAGUCAGGAACGCCAUGCAGAUUGUGGGCUUCCUAGAGGAUGAGGUGCAGUCGGUGCUGGAGCUCGUGGCUGCUGUGCUCAAGCUGGGAAACAUAGAGUUCAAGCCCGAGUCACGUGCCAAUGGCUUUGACGAAAGCCGUGUCAAGGACAAAAAUGAUCUGAAGGAGAUGUGUGAGUUGUUGGGCAUCGAGCAAUUGGUGCUUGAAAGAGCCUUCAGCUUCCGUACUGUAGAGGCUAAGAUGGAGAAGGUGUCCACAACACUAAAUGUCGCUCAGGCCUAUUAUGCUCGUGAUGCACUUGCCAAAAACUUAUACAGCCGUAUGUUCAGUUGGCUGGUGAACCGAAUCAAUGAAAGCAUCAAGGCUAAAACCAAGGCCCGAAAGAAGGUUAUGGGUGUGCUGGAUAUUUAUGGUUUUGAGAUCUUUGAGGAUGGAGACAACAGCUUUGAGCAGUUCAUUAUCAAUUACUGCAAUGAGAAGCUACAGCAGAUUUUUAUUGAGCUCACAUUGCGUGAGGAACAAGAGGAGUAUGUGCGUGAGGGGAUUGAGUGGACUAACAUUGAGUAUUUCAACAAUGCCAUAAUCUGUGAGCUCAUUGAAAAUAACCAGAAUGGGAUUUUGGCCAUGCUGGAUGAGGAGUGUCUGCGGCCCGGCACAGUGACGGACGAGACCUUCCUGGACAAACUGAACACUGUCUGUGCUGAACACCAGCACUUUGAGAGCAGGCUAAGCAAGAACUCCAAGUUCCUCACUGACCACAGCCUACCUCACAACUGCUUCCGUAUACAGCACUAUGCUGGCAAGGUGCUGUAUCAGGUGGAGGGCUUUGUGGACAAAAAUAAUGACCUGCUAUAUAGAGACCUCUCCCAGGCGAUGUACAAGGCCAACCACAGCCUGAUGAAGUUACUUUUCCCAGAGGGUAACCCUGCCAAGGUCAACCUGAAGAGACCUCCCACAGCUGGGUUCCAGUUCAAAGCAUCAGUGGGUACACUUAUGAGGAAUCUUCAGACCAAGAACCCUAAUUACAUCAGAUGCAUCAAGCCCAAUGACAAAAAGGCAGCCCAAGUCUUCUCAGAGUCGCUUGUGUCCCACCAAGUGCGCUACCUGGGCCUGAUGGAGAACGUGCGUGUUAGACGGGCAGGAUAUGCCUUCCGCCAGGCAUAUGAGCCCUGCCUGGAGCGCUACAAGAUGCUUUGCAAACAGACCUGGCCCCACUGGAAGGAUCUGGCCAGGAAAGGUGUGGAGGUUCUCUUGAAAGACUUGAAGGUACCUGAAGAGGAGUUCUCUUACGGGCGUUCCAAAAUCUUCAUCAGGAAUCCAAGAACCCUCUUUUUUCUGGAGGAAAGAAGAAGGCAGUGCCUGGAAGACCUGGCCACGCUCAUCCAAAAGAUCUACCGUGGAUGGAAGCGCAGAACCCAUUUCUUGCUGUUGAAGAAAAGCCAGGUGGUGGUGGCUGCUUGGUACCGCAGAUAUGCUCAACAACAGAAGUACCAAAAGAUCAAAAGCUCCACCAUAGUGGUUCAGUCUUUCAUCAGAGGAUGGAAGGCCCGGAAAAUCCUGCGUGAGCUGAAAUACCAGAAGAGAUGCAAAGAGGCCGUGACCACUAUUGCAGCUUACUGGCAUGGAAUGCAGGCACGCAGAGAGCUCAAACGACUGAAGGAGGAGGCCAGGCGUAAGCACGCUGUCGCUGUCAUUUGGGCCUACUGGUUGGGACUCAAGGUCCGUAGGGAAUACAGAAAGUUCUUCAGAGCAAAUGCUGGCAAGAAGAUCUAUGACUUUACCAUCCAGAAAAUUAUGCAGAAGUAUUUCUUUGACUUGAAGAAUACAAUGCCUUCCAUGUCACCUAUUGAUAAGAGCUGGCCAGCACGGCCUUUCCUGUUCCUUGAGGGUACACAUCAGCAGCUCAGGAGCAUCUUCCAUCUAUGGAGGUGCAAGCAAUACAGAGACCAGUUCACAGAAGAGAAGAAAGCUAUCUAUGAGGAGAAGCUGGAAGCCAGCAAGCUUUUCAAAGAUAAGAAGGCUCUGUACCCCAGCAGUGUGGGCCAGCCUUUCAAAGGAGAUUAUCUUGAUAUUAACAAAAAUCCUAAAUACCAGAAGCUGAACAUUGUGAUGGAUGAGAAGUUGCUCCUAGCAGAUGUGAUUAAUAAAGUCAACAGGGCCAAUGGCAAGGGGGCUUCUAGAAUCUUUCUCCUCACCAAGAAAAACUUUGUGCUGGCUGAUCAGAAGACAGGCCAGGUGAAGGCCAGCAUCCCCCUGCCUGAUCUUAGCAGUGUCUCUGUCAGCAGUCACAAUGACGGCUUUUUUGCUCUCAAGCUCAAGCAGGGUACUGCAUCAGCAGCCAAAGGUGACUUCUUGCUGAGCAGUGAUCGGUUAAUAGAGAUAAUCACCAAGCUUCACAGAACUGGAGCUGCUUCAAGUGACAGGGAACCACUCAGCGUUGAUAUCUCAGAUGAAUUCCUUGUACAGUUCAAGCAGGACAAAGUGUGUGUCAAAUUUGUCCAGGGUGGACCCAAAAAUGGCAACAGUGUCACCUGCAAGCGUAAAAACAAUAGGCUCCUGGAGGUGUCUGUGCCGCCUCCAUAACGUAAUCUUUACUUCCUCAUUGGAGUGCUGUUUGAGACUCUUGGCAGUCAAAUCCAAUUAUCAGCCCAAAACACUGUGCAAUAAUGUUCGUGUUACUCUCAUUUCUAAUUGUUUUGUUGUCAGAAUAAGUGCAUUAUUAAGACCCCAAAAACUACAAACUAGAUAUUGUUGUGUAGUUUCGCUGACAUUCAAAAGAGGAAUUUUGUUUGCAGCAUGACCUGUCCCUUGAUCCUAGCAAUGGUAACUCAUUCUCUGAAGGGUACUACAUAGUGGGGGGCGUAGAGAUGGAUGGAGUUAGGCAGGUUUACCUUCCUGUCUUGGUGCAUUAGAACUUGUACCAAGGAAGGUGUUGGCACACUAGUUAUAGCACACUAGCAUUUGGCAGUAGCAUGAAUAUAGUGUGUCUAAUCAUUUGGCAGAAGGUACACUAACAUGCUGCAGAGAAUCCUUGGAUGAGUAUCAGUUAAUUCUAGCUUGAUGAGACUCUGGUGGUAAAGACAACAGAUUCUAUUCUAAGCUUUUAGGUUACUGCUGAAAAACUUAGCUUUGCACUUGUUUUAUUUUCACAAGGGCCAGCAUAAGAACUGAUGAGUUGGUGUGUCUUAAUUUAUGUUUCUUUUUUUCCACCACUUUGAUUCUCACACACCACAGACUUUUAGUUCAAUCAAGCAGGUUCACAAAGGUUUAUAAAUUGUGAUGUAUUUUGCAGUAAUUUUGUACUCCUGUUUCUAAUAGACACUAUUUCAUAAAGUAUUAUCCUUAUCUUUUUCCGUGAAAGCAAAUGGCAAGCAUACUAGCUUAAAUCUUGCUUUUGAAAUCAAAAUGUAAUAGAACAUUUUGCACACUACUAAAUUGUUAGAUGUUUAUACACUACACCUGAAUUCCACACACAUCUAAUCAGCCAGCCAGCUUUCUAAUAUAACUGCAAAAUGUAGAUGUCUCAUCACACCCAAUUACUUAUGCAUAACCCUAUACAUAUGUCAAGCCAAAGCAGAAUUUGCAGGCUUUGUGUAGAUGGUUAAUGACAGUAGCUCAUGCUUAAUUACUUGCCAUUUCCUAGAGUCUAUAUAACUCUGUGCUUUUUCACCAUUGGAAUGUGGGCUAAAUUGUAUGCUAUAACUAUCUUCUUGGGACUUUUUUCCAAAAAACGUUUGAGUGCAUAAAGCUAUACAUUUAAAUUAGUUAUACAUUUCAAAUUCAACAAAAUUACAUAUAAAUUUGACACCAAUUAUACCUUCUCUUCCACGUGAUCAAACAUUAGAUUAAUUAAAUAUUCUGCUUAAGCUUUAUAAAUAUUUGGAUUUAAUCUUUAUGCUUGAGUAGACAUUGCAAGAUGUUGAAUUUAUUUAAAACAAGAUUUUGUCAGUCACUUUGAAGAUAUGGCCUCUGGGAGAACAUUUUACCAGAUUUCUUUGCUUUUGCAGGUUUACUGCAAUUUUCAAACUUUGAACUUUGUAAUUUCACAAUAAAAAAAAGUAACAAUUUGGAGAAAUGUAUUUUUUUUUUUAACUUUCUCCUAUAAAGAGAAACAGGAAGACUGUAGAAUUGCUUACAUUUUUUCCCUCCUAGACUUUUUUGAUCUUUCGUGGUCAGUGUAAUAAUACUGUGGUUAAUUUUCUUUGUCAGUAGGUAAAAAUAAAAGAACUUGAUGCAUUUUAUGGGCCUAAAUGUAACUUGGUCUAGUGGCAAGGAAAGGGAGGUGAGGCGUUUUAAUAAUUGUGUAAAACUUUACUGAAGGGCACAGAAGGCUGUGACACCUACAUAAGCCCUUCAUGACAACUGAACGUACAGAAUCAUUUAUAAAUGCUUAUUUCAACAGGGGCCAUCUGCCAAAUGCUUUUGUCAACUUUUAUGUCAUUGUCACAACCAGAUAAAGAUGUUUGGUGAAAUGCCGAUGCGUCAUAACACGGUGGGGGGGAAUAACCGCACAUGGACGUCAGACUACAGCUCAGCGAUAUUUUAGUGUGUAAUGGUGACGCCGUGCUGGGACUGCUUGGCAGAUAAUAAAGCUGAACAAAAGUGAGGACUUCAAAAAGAUUUUAUACAUUUUAUAGUUCUGUCAUGUCAUAACAAUCACAUGAAAUGCCGCUGUGUAAUAGUUAUUUUAUUGACAUUUUUGUCAUAGUUUUUACCCUGUAAUGACAGUUCUGUGCCUUUUACUUGGCCACUAAAACAAACUGUA